UGAUAUUCUCGAUAAUCUUCAAAAUGCAGCUUAAAACCAAAGAAAUUUAUAUGAAAACUAUUACAUUUGUUGCAAUUUUCGUCUAUCUUGCAAGCAAUAGUUGCACAGCAAAUGAAAUCGAGCUCCCGAAACAGUUUGUCGCAAGCAGUUCGCACACAAACAACUGGGCGGUUCUGGUAGAUACGUCACGGUUCUGGUUCAACUACCGACACAUUGCCAAUGUCCUGUCAGUGUACCGUUCGGUCAAACGGCUAGGCAUUCCGGAUAGCCAGAUUCUGCUGAUGAUUGCCGAUGACAUGGCCUGCAAUCCGCGGAAUCCCCGGCCGGCUACGGUGUUCAACAAUGCGAACCAGCACAUCAAUGUGUACGGAGCGGAUGUGGAAGUGGACUACAGGGGGUACGAGGUGACAGUGGAGAAUUUUGUCCGUUUGCUAACCGGAAGAAAUGAGAAUGGAACGGCUAGGUCGAAACGGCUGCUGUCCGAUGCUGGGAGUAAUGUGCUUAUCUAUCUGACCGGGCAUGGAGGGGAUGGGUUUUUGAAGUUCCAAGAUUCCGAAGAGAUCACCAAUCAGGAAUUGGCGGACGCAAUUGAGCAAAUGUGGCAGAAACAGAGGUACAAUGAGCUAUUCUUCAUGAUCGACACGUGCCAGGCGGCAUCGAUGUACGAGAAAUUUUACUCACCGAAUAUACUGGCCGUGGCGAGCAGUUUGGUGGGUGAAGAUUCCCUAUCGCAUCACGUCGAUCCAGCGAUCGGGGUCUACAUCAUCGAUAGGUAUACGUACUAUGCGCUGGAGUUCUUGGAGAAGGUGGAGGUCAAUAGCAAGAAAACGAUGGGGGAAUUUCUCUCAGUUUGUCCUAAACGAGUUUGCAUUUCGACAGUCGGAGUACGGAAAGAUCUGUACCCCAAAGAUCCCUACAAAGUACCCAUCACCGAUUUCUUCGGUUCGAUCAGGCCAACAGAAAUAACGUCGGGUGUUGUAAAUGUAACACUUUCCACUGUUCCGGAGGAGCACUUUGAACAGAAACCCAUAAGCAAACCACAUGCAGCAUUGUUCUACGAACAAUUUCCAUCAAAAUUGUUUGUCUAAAAAAUCUAGUCCAGUAUUCCCAAGGUAAGGACCUUUCUCUAACUGUCUACGGUUAUUUAAUAAAUUCAACAAAUCCAAUCGGUCCAAACG